AUGAACAAAUCACCGUUUAUUUACAAGAAACAGCAACGCCAGUAUGAGUUUCGCACACACUACAAAUACUUCACAGUUGAUCACAUAACAGGAUGUACUGCUGACGUAUUUCUGGAAUAUAUCCAAAGAAAUCUGCCCGAGGGUGUAGCUAUGGAAGUUGUAAAGCAUCGUUUGGAACGCCUUCCCGAGCAUUUAUAA